AUGACAAAACUUCUACAGCUAGCUGUUGCCAUUUUAUGCUUUGCCCUAGUAUCAGCUGUCGAGCUUGACCUCAUUUCCAAAAAGCACGAUGAAGCUCAAGCUCUCGGUGUCCAACUUGAAAAGACCUCUCAAAUCGACCUGAACAAAGAAGCCAUGACAUUUGCGAAAAAAUGUGAAGCUGACUGCCAAGCAAUCAAGGCCAAACUUGACAAGCUCCUACCAGACCUAAUCUUUGACGUUCAAGAAGAGUUGCACAACGCAAAACCAGAAAGUUCUGAGGGGCAACUCUUCCAUAGCAACGUCACCGCUUGGCUCCAAGGGAUUGUUACCAAGCUUCCAGUGGAAAAUAUUACUGCUGCCAAAAUUGCGUCCGAUGGUGUAAGAAAGAUUCUACUAAUCUCAGGGAAUAGAAUGGAUACCACAGACUCGUUUCUGUCAGCGGAUUUUCUGAAGUUUAUUGCAUUUGCGUGUCUCAUCGAACUCUUCUGGCCUACCAUCUCCGAAAUGGCAACCGGAGCUAUUAAUCUAUUUUGCAUGGGUCUCUUCGGCUUCAUCAAACAACGCAUA